AUGCGUUUCUCAUUACUGCUUACUACUUUCUCUGUUUCAGGGAUUUUGCUUAUGUAUGAAGAGGUUAUGAUGAGUGAUUACGCUAGGUUAGAUUCUCCUGAUCAUGAUGGAUCAAUCCUUAUCAAUACUGUCAUUAAGAAGAAUGAGAAUCCGGAUGUCGAAUCUUUUGGUAAGAAAAGUUUGUUGCUUGAGAAGACUACAGAGAUUGCUGGUUUGCGUCAAGAACUAGAGUUGAUUUCAAAGUUGCUUACUGGUCAUGCAAAUGGGGACACUGAUGGUUUACAACACAAAAUCUCUGGAACCAUUGUUUCAGCAUCUUCAGUUUGGGAUACAAAUGGUAAGCAAAGAGGAUCUGUGACGUCUACGCCUGAGAAGUCAGAGGAUUUAACUCAGUUAUCGCGUGAAGACUUGAUCAAACACUUCAAGAGUGAGAUGAUUCAGUUGAAAAGAGAGCAUGAUUAUACAAUACAAGAGAUGACUGAAGAAUACUUUAGCAUCAAGAGAAGGUGCUUGAAUCUAGAGGAGCGUGGUUCGUUUUCUUGUUUGAAGAAAGACAAAGAGUUUGAUGCGCUGCAGAAGAAGAUCCCAGAGAUCAUUUCAAAGUUGGAUAAGGUUUCAUCAGAGGGUGAUGAGAAGAGCCAAUUGGACUCUCUGCUUAUAGAAAACCUUCAGCUUAAAGAUUCACUUGCAGAGGCUGAUCAGAAGAUCUCACAGCUUUCUCAAGUUGAGGAAAAUCAUUUAAAGUUGAUCCAGAAGCUUGAAUCAGAUGUUGAGGAUUCUCAUGUUGAAGCUUCUAUCUAUUGGUCUGUUCUUGGAGAGUUUGUGAACCAGAUUCAGUGUGCAAAAGAAGAAUCCUCUGAGAGCAAGAUUGAUCUUGAAGACUCUUUUGUUGAGUCCUGCAUGGCAGAAGAGUACUGCGCGGUGGUAUACAAAGAAGCUUUGAAGGAAGCUGAUAAGAGACUUGGAUGUUUGAACAAGAAUGUAUCAGAGAAAGAAGAUGCUUUGAGAUCAGAAAUGGCUGAGAAGGAAAGAUUAAAAGAAGAGAUUCAUCGGCUGGAAUGUCUUGUGAAGGAGAAGGAGGAUUUAGUUCAGAUAGCUGAGAAUGAUUUGGCUACAGAGAGGGAGAAACUUGAGAUGGCCUCUCAACAGAGUAACAAUCUUCAGUCUCAGAUUGAUCAGCAAGAAGUAGUGAAGAUUAUAGAGGGUUAUGAGAUGGAGAUAUCAGAGUUGAGACAGAAGCUUGAGCUAGUUGGGAAGAAUAUGAAGACAACCGAAAAUGAGAAAGUGGAAUCGGAGCUGAAGUUAUCAUCAGCAGAAGCAGAGCAAAAGAGACUUGAGAAACAGUUUGUAUCGACGGCUCUAAGUCUUGAUAAAUGGAGUCAAUGUUUCGAUAAUACCGAGUGCUUGGUAGCCGAAGAGAUGAACAAAAUAAAUCUUAGGUUGGAAAGUAUGCAGAGGCAUUUGAGUGAUCUUUUAGAUGAAGUUGAUGGACUCAAUGCAAGAGAAUCAAUGUACAAGCAACUAAUGGAGAAGAAGACCUGUGACCUCCAAAAGGCUGAGACUGAGGUUGAUCUCCUUGGCGAUGAAAUCGAAUCUCUCUUGGACCUUCUGAAGAAAAUUUACAUAGCUCUUGAUCAUUACUCACCAAUUCUAAAGCAUUACCCUGGCAUUAUCGAGAUCUUGAAGCUUGUCCGGAGAGAGUUAAAAGGAGAAUCAAAAAGAGUAUCAGUCUACUGA